AAGUCGGGUAUUUGGUAAAAUGCGGGCACCGACUAUGCAUAAUUAUAUAGGGAGUGACGCCAUUUAGUGAAGAAAAAGAUGUGCAAGCUUUCAUCAAAACAAGGGCUAUGACGUCACUCUUUACAUAACCCACAACUUUUUAUGACGCUUAACAAACUAAAAUCAAACCCCAUCACCCUCUCAGUCUCAAUAUAUAUAAGUAUAACAACCCCACGUCUCUCGCUAUAUCUCCUAAAAAGAUGCAAGAGGCGAUCAAGAUUCCGGCAAGCUUGAGGAGAAUGGUGGCGGAGAGCGCGGUGGUGGUGGUGGGGAGGAGGGGCUGCUGCAUGAGCCACGUCGCCAAGCGCCUGCUGCAGGGCCUCGGGGCCAACCCGGCCGUCUUUGAGGUCGACGACAAGUGCGAGGACGACGUACUCGUCGAGCUCAGGGCUGCGGAGCUGCCCGUGGUGUUCGUGGGAGGGCGGUGGCUCGGUGGGUUGGAUCGGAUCAUGGCGAGUCACAUCACGGGCGAGUUGACUCCGUUGCUCAAGCAGGCUGGGGCCUUGUGGUUGUGAUAUCAUUUCAAUUGGAAUUACUAAUGUAUUUCCUCACUUUUAUUUCAUUUCAGUUUAUUUAUUUUUGGUAUGGUGUUCGUGAGAAUUCUAGUUUUACUCAUCGUGAACGUUAUUAACAUGAUGGUGAGAUUUCAAAAUA